AGAUUUAAUACAUGGUAGACAAAGAAAUCAAGGAAGACGAAGAUAUACUCCUUCGGUUCAUUGAAUUGGCCAUGGAGUCAGGUCCUGAAUUCAAGAAAGAGCAAGAUGAUCUUAGCCUUACAAAUAAAGAAGGUGAAUUCAAGAAAGAACAAGAUGAUCUAAGCCUUGCAAAUAAAGAAGGUGAUGGCGGAUUCAAGGCUGAAACUGGAGAAGAAAAUCAGGAAGUUCUCAAUGAUCAUAUAUCGUAUUCUUCAUGUGAUAUCAAGGAAGACGAAGACAUUAUCCUACGGCUGCACGAAUCGUUCAUGGACUCGGUUUGUGAAUCAGUGCACGAGGCUGAUUUGGCUCGUCAACAAAUCCUUGCAGACAAAGAAAGUAGUGGCGGAUUCAAACAUAAAAUUGAAGAAGAAAAACAGGAAGACCUCCAUGAAGAUGCAUCGCAAUCUCUAAAUGCUAUCGAGAAAGACGAAGAUAUGAUCCUUCGGUUGAACAGAUUGUUCUUGGAGGCAGUUCGUCAAUUCCUUGCAGACAGAGAAAGGCCUGACGGAUUCAAGCCUGAAACUGAACAACAUCUCCAUGCUGAUUCACCACACUCUCGAUAUAUCAAGAAAAACGAAGAUAUUAUCCUUCGGUUGGACGAUUUGUUCAUGGAGUCAGUUCGUGAAUUCAAGACAAAACAAGAUCGUCGAAGCCUAGCAGACGAAAAAAGCCAGGGCGGAUUUAAACAUCAAAUUCAAGAAGAAAGCCAUGGCAGAUUUAAACAUCAAAAUCGAGAAGAAAGUCAUGGCGGAUUUAAACAUCAAAAUCGAGAAGAAAGUCAUGGCGGAUUUAAACAUCAAAAUCGAGAAGAAAACCAUUCCCGAUAUUCUUUCAGUAGAAACGAAGACAUUAUCCUUGAACUAUUCAUUGAAUCGAUUCGUCAACCUGUGAACGCGUUUGAUCUUUCCAAGCAAGAACAAAACGACAAACUUCUCUACGGUCACCACGAUAUGCAAAGAGACAAAGAAAGCCAUGGCGGAUUUGAGCAUAAAGUUAAAGAAGCUACUCGAGAAGAUCUCCCAGGAUAUGCAUCACAUUCUCAAUAUCAUGAUUACGAUAUUAUCCUUCAGUUCAACAAAUUGGCCAUGGAGUCGGAUCGUAGAUACGUUGCUAGUAAACUCCAGAAAGAACAAAAGGAUGAAGAAAGUGACGGAAGAUCCAAGCAUAAAACUGAAGAAGAUGAGACUCCUCCGAUUAAAAAGAACCAGGAAGAAUCGAAUACUUCAGAAACAUUCAAAAUCAAAGAGUGUCCAAAAGUGAAGACAGGGAAUGUUAAUCCGUUUGAUAUGCCUUUGAAGCCUCUUGAAGAACUGGAGGAAAUUGUGCUGAAACUCUACAAAUUCAUGGACUAUACAUCUUCGAUACUGAAAGAUAUACAGAGAGUGAAAUACAAAGAGCAGGAUAAGUACCAUUUUCUUGACAACGUUCGACUCCUGUUUCUGUCGUCGUCUCGGAAGGUGGACGUAGUAAUUGAUGAACUGAAACUUUUGAAGGAUAGAGAAAUUGGGGAGGAGAAUUCUCCCCCCACAAAUGCUCUGAGUCCUGAAAUCGCUUUAUUUCAAGCGGUAGAGAUAAAUGCAAAGUUGGUCAAUCGCUCUUUUAUCCAUACCGUUGCUUUCCUGUAUGAUGACAAAUGUAGGGAAAAGGAGAUUUCAUGUUGCAUAGCUGAGCUGAAUCGAACCAUGGAAAACCUCAGGGUAGUUCUCUUGAGAGCAAGACCACGAAAAUGCCUACUUUCCAGGUCACUAAGAAUUUGAGAGAACUGAAGCAGCUUCCGAAUGGCUUUGAGGGAUAGAACGAAACAAAGAGCAAAUGGCCACUAUACUAUACCUAUUGAAACUUCCAUGUACGUGAUUACCAGUAUUAGUGUGUGCUACUACUCACAAACAUCACAUAUAAAAUUCUUCUGUCUCUAGCUAUGAAUAAUAAGUUUGGAAGUAGAUUCUAUGGUGUUCAAUAUACUAGUCAAUAGAAUCAUCUUAUCCUUUACUUGGGAACUUGAGAACCAA